AUGCUUGUCUUCUCAUUAUUGGAAGCAAUCAGAAGUUGGUGUAUACAGAGGGUGGGGGCUAGAUUUGACAAGGCAGUUGACAUGGAGGAUGGUCAGCUCACUGCAUAUGCAUUGAAGGAGUUGGAGGAAAGAACAGCUGAGUCCAGGUUAUGUUAUGCCACAGCCUGUGGAGGGGGUGAAUUUGAGGUUAGGGAUGGACAUGUCAACUUUCCAAUUAGGCUUGCAACAAGAAUUUGUGCCUGUGGGAAGUGGCAGAUCUGUGGAAUCCCCUGCAAGCAUGCACUGAGGGUCAUAUAUGACCAAAGGAUGAACCCCCAUGAUUUCAUCUCCCCAUGGUUCAAGGCUGCUGCAUACAACCCAACCUAUACAGAACACAUUCAUCCCAUGGAAGAUCCAUCUCAGUGGCCUGACUUUGGCCUUCCUACCAUUCAGCCUCCAAUCAUCAAAAGACCAUCUGGCAGACCUGCUAAGAAGAGAAAGAAAGGGGCAAAUGAACCAAAGAAGGGGAAGAGGAACACAAAUGUCAAAUGCGGAAAGUGUAGAGAGUUUGGUCACAACUCAAGAACAUGCAAGAGUGGAGGAACAAGUGCCACUGGACCAAGCACUUCAAAGAGGGGUGCAGCAGGAGCAAGUACAUCAAAGGGGGGACCAAACACAAGGAAGAGGGCAAAGACAGCUGCUUAG